AUGCGCAUCCCCUUAUUCAGGAUAUGGUACUCGACAACGUACACGACACUCCUCAUCAUAACGCUGCUGCUGUUAUGUGUGUCGCCUGGCGACAUCAUAUACCAAACCAUAAAAACCGAGGAGAUCCCGAAGCUCUUUGUCAUUGGCGGGGUCUACGUGCUUACGGCACUUAUUGUAAUACUCAUUUACUCGACACGCAUCUACACGAACCGCAGCGUCCUGCAGGCGAUACCGAAGCCCUAUGUACCAGUCGAGGAGGGAGAAGUGGGGAAGAUGGUGCGCAGAAUGAUUGUGAAGCAACUUAGGCGGAGCGCGAUUGUGGCAUGGGACUCGCGGCCAAGGGACAUCAGGGGAGAGGUGGAUGCAGGGGAGGAUUCAAACGAGGAGCUCGAGGAAGCCAGACCAGGCAUAUCAGAGAAGGAGAGGGAGAAAGAUAAGGCUAAGAAGCACAAGAGUGGUCAUGAAGUGCCUGAUGCGACAAUUCUUCCCGUCAGCGCAAAGUCGCCGCCCUGGGGUCACGUCUCCCACCCAGGCUGGGCCUCUCCAGCGUCGCCGGACCUCCCUAACCUCCAGUACUGGAGCAUCAUCUGCGAAUUGCCUAAUCUCAUCGAAGCAAAAGCAGUCUCCCUAGCGCCGCCUGACCCCAACGUAGAAACAGGCUCGAUCCAGUCCCCUCUCGAAACGCCUCUUCUUCCAGACGCGCGAAUCGUUGUGCUCCUCCAGCGCCCGCGCGCAAUGGGUCUACGCUCAUACCUUGCGCGUCUCUCUGAGUUAGGCCUCCUGAACCCACCCAGCCUCGGCCCCGCCUUCCUCGCACAAUACGAGAGGGCCCGCUUCUCAACCGCCUGCCUGCUCGAAAGCCAGUUUGAAGAUAUCAUGUCCAUAUUCGCCGACAUCCUCAACGGGAUGACGGAACUCGAUCCGGACGUAAUCGAGGACCUGCGUGCGCAAAGCCUUUACAGCGAUUCUCGAAGCCUUGCGCCGACGCAGUCAAGUUCAAGCAGGUCGAUAUCCGGCAGCAGCAGCUCCUCGCACUCCAUAUCACUUCCCUACCCGCGUAUGCCGCAACUCGCACACCAACCGUCAUUAUCUUCGCUGUCCAGCAAUUUCAGCAGCAGCAGCGGCGCCAGUCCACACUCACCGCAGACGCUACGCACCGCGCCCUCGCGGCAAGCGCAACGAAGCUCAGGCAUCUAUGACACGUCACGCACGCCAUCUGCUGUUUCAUUUCGAACAAUGUCGGACAGAGGCUCCGUAGUUGUGAGAGAGCCGUGGCGCAGUCCCGGCACGAAUCUGUCUAACUCGUCGACGAGCUCGUUGGGCUCAGGGAGGAGUGUGAUCAGGCUGCAUCCUAAUCCAAGCGAGGGCGAGCUACCUUACCAGUAUGAAAUUCAAGGAGGAUGA